GCAAGGGCACUAGUGAUCUAUUCUAUUUGGAUGUUUCUUCUCCAUUCUACUCUGCUAAUCCAAAAUGGACUGAUCUCACGAGUGUUGCUCCUAUUCCUGUCACUAGUGCAUUCGCACCUUCUUGUGUUGGUGGGAGUAACAGUUCCACUAUUUUCUUAUUUGAACAUCGUAGAACAAAUAAUGCUAAUUCAACUUCCUUAGUUACUUUUACUUUUGAUACAUCAUCUCAAAAAUGGACUGCUCCAACGAUGUCUGGUGUUAUACCACCUCCCAGACAGGAUAUGAGAGCGGUUGCUGAUAAAAACGGUAAAAUUUAUAUUACUGGUGGAUUUGAACCAUAUACAACCUUUAGAUCAUAUAAUAGCACUUACAUAUUGGACUCUUUGAGCUUAUCUUGGACUAAUGGUGCUAAUGCUUUGAUAAUUCGGUCUGCUUAUACUGCUACCCUUUUACCGAGUGGUGAUAUCGUAUAUGUAGGAGGAACAAAUGACGAUGGAAGUGUCAGUAUUUUAAAUGCGAAAUUUGAUUUAUUAACUGCCCCGAAUAAUAAUAUUUACAUAUUGGAUACUUCAAAUUAUACAUGGGUUUCAUCUAUUGUUUCUGUUUCUACUACUGCCCCUCCUGGUGCAAAUGGUAUCCCUUCUGGUGCAAGUGGUACCAGUUCAUCUAAUACAACACAAAAAGAUUCAGAUCAAUCUAAUAAUCAUUUACCAUUAAACAUUUUACUAAUUGCUGGUGUUGGUGGCUUACUUGGUGCUCUCAUCGUUAUUGGAAGUAUCAUAGGCAUAAUUUAUAAUCGUAAGAAAAGUCAUGAUGAUAAGUAUAUUCCUACUCCGGGUACGAACAUUCCUUAUUAA